AAUUCCAACCGACAUAGAUGGGUUCCGUUCUAACAUACGCGUAUCUCCUUGCUAACUUGCGCGUCUUCUUCCCCCAUACACCUAUCAUCUAUGUGACGCUGAUGGUAGGCGGUUGUCCGCUCGCCCCCCUCCCUCUCUUCUCUCUCUCUCUCUAAAUUUGCGCGUUCUGUGUAUAUUGUUUUGGUCUGGAACGCGCACAUGGAAUGUCGGUGUACGCCAGGUUCGCUGAUUUUUCUGGAAUUUGAGUAAGAUGAAAGGAAGUUUCGUUUUGCUUAUGUUGAUUGACGACGUCGCACACCGAAGCCAGUUGAUUCUUCUGGUUGGUUAAUCCCCAACUACUUCUAUGUUUCGUUUCUCCGUUGUAUACGAUUGAGGCUGUUUUGCUUCUGUAAAUUUUGUCGCGCAUGAAGUUUUUCUAUAGGAUUCUCGACUCUAAGCUGAAGAUUUAGGGUUUCGUCGGGUAGUGGAUGCUCGAUGCGAGAAUUUUAUGUGCAGAUUUCGUAGUUUUGAUGUUCUGUAUAUUUGUACGCAAUGAGUGUGGCUUUCCUGUCGUUGUGGCGAAUUUGUUGAAUUUUUGAAGUGUGUGCCGGAAUCUGAUGAGACGCCGCCAGUCGGCGCUUCUACCGUCGGGCGAAGUCAUGGAGAAAGGGCAAUCGAAGAGUAAGUGCUCUAGGGUUUGCUUAUUGGCCUCAUUGUCUGCUUUCUUUUGGAUUUGUUUGCUGUUCUUCCAUUUUGUGGUGUUCAGUGAUAAUAGAAUGGUCGAUUCUUCGCCUCAAUUAGAUCUCUCUUCCAUUACGAUCCAAUCAAUAAACACACUGCCUGUAGAUCCCAAUCCCUCCACAGUCAGUCACUCUACCAGCAUUCAUCAUACUGAUACUUCUUCUAGAAACAAAACCAUGGAUCAAAUUGAGCCAAAAGUUGCAGAAUCCUUACCGAAGGGAUUGAACAAUAAAGAAAAGUCUAGUCAGGAGAUGCAGACUUAUCCUUUUAUGAGGGCACUGAGAACUGUGGAAAAUAAGAGUGAUCCUUGUGGAGGGAGGUAUAUAUAUGUUCAUGAUCUUCCUCCGAGGUUCAAUGAGGAUAUGCUUAAGGAGUGUAGGAGUCUUAGCUUGUGGACCAACAUGUGUAAGUUCACCACAAAUGCUGGGCUUGGCCCUCCUUUGGAAAAUGUCGAGGGGGUUUUCUCAAAUACUGGGUGGUAUGCUACGAAUCAGUUUGCUGUGGAUGUGAUAUUUAACAACAGGAUGAAGCAAUAUGAUUGCUUGACUAAGGAUUCGUCGCUAGCAGCUGCUAUUUUUGUGCCGUUCUAUGCAGGUUUUGAUAUUGCGAGGUAUCUUUGGGGGCACAAUACAUCGACUAGAGAUGCUGCUUCUUUGGAUUUGGUCGAUUGGCUUAUGAAGAGACCCGAGUGGAGUAUAAUGGGGGGAAGGGAUCACUUUCUUGUUGCGGGUAGGAUAACAUGGGAUUUCAGGCGAUUAACUGACCAAGAAACGGAUUGGGGAAACAAGCUCCUGUUCUUACCGGCUGCCAAGAACAUGUCCAUGCUUGUGGUGGAAUCAAGUCCUUGGAAUGCAAAUGAUUUUGGGAUUCCAUACCCAACCUACUUUCAUCCUGCUAAGGAUAGUGAAGUAUCUGAUUGGCAGGACCGGAUGAGGAGACUUGAACGGAAGUAUCUUUUCUGUUUUGCAGGUGCUCCUCGUCCAGGCAAUGUGAAAUCUAUUCGUGGUCAGAUCAUUGAUCAAUGCAAGAAUUCGGAAGUGUGCAAAUUGUUGGAGUGCGAUUUUGGGGAAAGCAAGUGUCAUUCGCCUAGCAGUAUUAUGCAGAUGUUUCAAAGCUCUCUUUUCUGCUUACAGCCUCAAGGGGAUUCGUACACGAGAAGAUCAGCAUUUGAUUCCAUGCUGGCUGGUUGCAUUCCAGUGUUUUUCCAUCCGGGUUCUGCUUACACUCAGUACACCUGGCACCUGCCAAAGAACUAUUCCUUGUAUUCAGUGUUCAUUCCUGAGGAUGAAAUCCGAAAAAAUGUUAGCAUAGAGCAAAGGCUUAGUCGAAUUUCGCCAGAGACAGUGAAGGAAAUGAGGGAUGCAGUCAUAAAUCUGAUCCCACAGCUGAUAUAUGCCGACCCCAGAUCUAAGCUGGAAAUGUUCAGAGAUGCUUUCGAUGUAGCUGUUCAGGCAGUUAUUGACAAGGUCACAAAGCUGAGGAAGGAUAUCAUUGAUGGGCGCCAUGAUGAUCAUUUCAUCGAGGAGCUGAGUUGGAAAUAUGCUUUGUUGGAUGGUGAGGCAAUGGGACCUCAUGAAUGGGAUCCAUACUUCUCUAAACCCAAAAAAGACCGACAAGUCUAAUCCAGAGAGCUUAUCAACAGAAGCAGCUAAAAACUCAUGGCGGAGUGAGCAAAGACAACAUUCUUCAAUGGUUGCACACGUGUUUUGGAUGCCAAUGAGGUAUGAAUGGUAUAUAUUAUUUGCCACUUCAUAUAA